AUGCAGACCAAACAAGAAAAGAAGCUGGAAAUCGACCGGCCGCUGCCUGAUCGGUUUAGUUUCUUCUCGUCAAAAACGCGACAAGCGACCACCUCGUCUACAUGGGAUGGUCUGUUCCCCAGCGGGAACAUCGACCAUAUCUUCCAGGAGAAGCAUAAAAGUCGUCCAGAUCCCAAUGAGCCAAUCUGGUGGAUCGACAUCCGCGACGCUACUGAACAAGAUGUCGACGCCGUCUCGCAAGCCUUGUCUAUCCAUCCCCUGACGGCAGAGGAUAUUGCUAUUCGUGAGCCUCGAGAAAAAGUCGACGUCUACAAGAACUACUACCUGAUCUCGUUCCAGACCCUCGUGGCGAACAAGGUCAAAAAUGAGCGACCGGGGAUUCCCAUCUCGGCUGCAUUAUACAUUCUUGUCUUCCAAUAUGGCGUUGUCACCUUCUCGCCUAGUGGUUGUGGGCAUGUGGCUCGGGCACGAGAGCGGAUUCGCAAAAUGCACGAUCCCACUAUAUUGACAAGUGACUGGGUCUGCUAUGCAAUGAUAGACGACAUAAUCGACAGCUUCGAGCCAUUUGUCCGGGACGCGGAGCGCGAGUCCGAAGCAAUCGAGGAUCAAGUGUUCAUUAGUCGCAUCGAUGACGCUCAAGCUCUUAUCCCGCAGGUCGACAUCCUCCGGAAGAAAAUCACUCACAUAAUCCGCUGCCUCAAUGGCAAGGUCGACGUGUUGAACGGAUUCGUGAAGCGUUGCCAAUCUCCCGAUAAGCACCCUGUUUUCCCUGACGGUGAUCUACUUCUAUAUCUCGGCGAUGUUCAGGACCACUUGGUCACAACGUUGUCCACACUUGGACACAUCGAUGAGAUUAUUGGUCGGUCCCAGGCGAAUUAUUUAGCCCAGAUGAGCGCUACAAAUCUCCGAUUGAGUUUGACUAUUAACUCUGGUUUGAGUAAGGUUACUCUACUGGCUACCAUUUUUGUGCCGUGCCACCUGGUUACGGGCUUGUGGGGAAUGAACGUCAAUGUCCCGGGUGAGGAUGAUAAGGGGCUGGGGUGGUUUUUUGGCAUCCUCGGUGGGUUUGCGGCAUUCAUGGUCAUUUGCAUCGCUGCGGCUACGAAGUACAAACUCUUGUAG